AUCUUGUGCUUUCAGAAAUCAUGCAAGCAACAGAUAUCGCGGCAUAUCACACUGCCUAUAACUACACACUCAACCAGUCUGACGUGAGGAUAGUCCUUGAGGAUGAAAACCUUUAUAAAGUCCCCAUCGGAUUGUUGGUGCUGCUUUCCAUAUUUUACGGCACCAUCAGCAUCCUGGCAGUGAUAGGCAACUCGCUAGUGAUCUGGAUCGUCAUCACAACCAAGCAGAUGCAAACGAUAACCAACAUGUUCAUCGCAAACCUAGCCCUGGCUGAUGUGACGAUCGGUGUGUUUGCCAUCCCAUUCCAAUUCCAGGCGGCCCUACUCCAACGCUGGAACCUGCCCGAGUUUAUGUGUCCGUUCUGUCCGUUUGUGCAGCUUAUCAGUGUGAACGUGUCUGUCUUUACACUGACUGCCAUCGCCGUUGACAGACAUCGAGCUAUAAUCAAUCCGCUUAGAGCACGGACGUCAAAAAACAUCUCCAAGUUCGUCAUCAGCAGCAUCUGGAUGCUAUCGUUUGCGCUGGCGGCACCGAUUCUGUUCGCACUUCGAGUACGCCCCGUUUCCUACAUUGCGCUGGGUGGUAUGAACGAUACGUACACCAACAUCACCGUACCGUUCUGCAAGGUGGUCAACUUUGAGGAUGGAGAGAUUCUGCUCUAUCGCUACGUGCUCGUGCUGGUACAAUACUUCAUACCGCUGUUCGUCAUCAGCUUCGUUUACAUACAGAUGGCCCUUCGUCUGUGGGGCUCGAAGACACCGGGCAAUGCGCAAGACUCGCGGGACAUUACCAUGCUGAAGAACAAGAAGAAGGUUAUCAAAAUGCUGAUCAUCGUUGUGGCACUGUUUGGCGUGUGCUGGUUUCCCUUACAGUUGUACAACAUCCUGCACGUGACGUGGCCGGAAAUCAAUGAAUAUCGCUUUAUCAACAUCAUUUGGUUCGUCUGUGAUUGGCUUGCGAUGAGCAACAGCUGUUACAAUCCGUUUAUCUACGGCAUUUAUAAUGAAAAGUUUAAGCGCGAAUUCCGCAAACGUUAUCCGUUUAAGCGCGAUCAAACGUACAACCACAACCACGAAUCGGAUAAAACGUCAUCGAUUUUUACGCGCGUCAGUUCGAUUCGUUCGACCUAUGCCACUUCGUCCAUACGCAACAAGCUGAGCACUAACCGAUAUUCAGCAACAAAGCAAUUCAAAUUUCCACCACCCAAUCAACAUUUCCAUUCUUCGUCAUCAUCUACCCACCACAACAACAGUGCCCAUCUGCACGAGCUAGCGUUCGGAACGUCAAAGAAGGGGCCCGUAAACUUUGACGGCACUGCGACGACAACUUUCGCCCAAAACCAUCCGAUCAGCUGGGAUCAAAAGAUGGAUCAUCGCUUGGUUGAACAUGACAAGCUAAUUAAUUCGUCAAUUGACCGACUAGACCAUCAGCUCGCGUGUUCCAGCGCGGACGGCAAUGAGGAACACCAGUUGCGAACGGGCAAACCGACCAACGAAGCUGGUGAGAGUCGAACGGCGAAGCAUCGAAAUGGUUCGUCUCGAGAGUGUGGGACCAUCUCGAGCAAUUAUGUUGAUCGGAUGGCACUGAAACAUCCUCAUCCGGACAGUGGUGGUGAGAGUGGCGAUGGGGAGCCGAAACCGGGACAACGCUCCGGCGAAGAGCGCGACUCUGGAGGACAUUUGUACUGUAACGAUUUGGAAGAACUAGGACCGUACUUUGACUGA